AUGGGUAGCGCUAACCCGCACAAGGUGCUGCAACUUCCACGGCCCAAAUCAAGAUGUCCUUUGAACAUAGAGGAAUAUUAUGAUAUCGAUAAGAAAGUCGGGAAGCCUGGUUUCAAGACACAUGACGGACGUUUUAAUUGGCAUUGUAGCUGCGUAGCGAGUUACGUCACAGGUUCGUGUGGGUUCUACUUCCGAAAAUUUCUGGCAAACAUGGACCGAUUCAUGUGUCUUGAUGAUCCUUCCUCCGAUUCAGAUGCGAGACUGACGUUUAGGCAAUGCUACGCAGAAUUGGCUAAUUGCAUGAAGAAGUUCCCUGCCUACUACAAACCAAUUUUGGAGCAGUUCAAUGAAUCCCUCAGCGACGUAUUUGACGAACAAGUCAGCUUCAGCAAGUAA